AUUUUGGGGAAUUAUUUACAGCUGCAGAGUGAUCUAAUACUGAUUUUGCGUAUCCUGAACGAUGACCUUGGUACUAAUAUAUUUUAUCUUUUCCUUCCGUCUAGGACUGAUCAUUUGAGAGGACAUUCGAAAAAAGUCCGUAAACCAAGAUCAAAUUGUCUACGUUUGGAGUUUUGUUUCUCGCACCGAGAAGUGAGUUACUGGGAUUCUCUACAGGAACAAGCAAUAUCAGCACCUUAAUUUGAUAUAAUCAAAACGAAAUUAAACUUAAAUAGUGUUACAAACUUCGAGGAUUGAUAUAGGUUGUUAGACCUCUCAUCCUUAUUAAUGAAGACUGAAGACUGAAGACUACCCCUUUUUAAAUUGCCCGCUACUCUGAGUAUUAGCUUAUAUAGUAUGCAGACUCUCCUUUGUUUAUUUUGUGCCUUGUUUCUCAUACUUGGUGACAUACAUGGGGACGAGCUUCCUAAAGGAGUUCCGAUAUCAAGAUCUUCGUUCUAUAAAGUUGGGCAGUCGUUUACUUGCUUAGAUGGCUCUUCAGCUAUUUCAUGGUGGCAAGUCAACGACGAUUACUGUGAUUGUCGCGAUGGAUCAGAUGAACCCGGCACAUCUGCGUGUCUUAAUGGCCGUUUCUUCUGUCGCGAUAUGCAGUACAGACCUGUGUAUCUUCCUUCUGCUUAUGUCAACGAUUCUAUUUGUGAUUGUUGUGAUGGUGGUGAUGAAUACGGAAGUUCUACCAAUUGUCCGUCAACUUGUGGCUCUCUGGCUGCAUCCCUGCGUGAAGCACAAUCCAUUAAACGAAAUCAAAUUGAAAAAGGACAUAAAAUUUUUCAAGAAUACGUCCAAAAUUUAAAAGAACGUAAAGCGAAAGGACUUUUUAAUGAAGAAAAACAGUAUGAUGAAACAAUGAAACUGGCGGAAUAUGAUGUCAAUAGUGUUAGUAGUAAUAAUGAUAAUGAUAAUAAUAAUAAUAAUGAAGGAAGUAUUCAAACAAAUGAAGAAAAUGUUGAUUCUCAUUUAUCAGUUGGUGAAGAAAAACAAACACUAAAUGAACCACCAUCAUCAUCAUCAAUGGAUUCGAAUCAACAGUCGUUUACACAUGAUAAUGAUAAUACACUUAAUGAACAUGAAGAAUCUUCACUAAGUGACAUGGCGUCUCAUGAGGAAAAAACAAAUGAAUAUGAUAGGAAUAAUGUUGAUAAUGAAGACAAUCAUAUGAAGUAUGACGAAUCAAAUGGUGGUGUUACUGAUAAACAACUCGAUGAUGAAUUACAUCAUGAAAUUCCAGAAACCCCAUCACUUGAUGAAAAACCUGUUAUUAAAGAUAUACCGACGCCUAUUCCUAUCGACUAUGGGCCAGAAGAAGGUUUUCGUAUGCUUACUGAAUUACCAGAUGGUUGUUUAGAGUUGAACGAUCGAGAAUAUACAUACAGCCUUUGUCCUUUUAAAUCAGUUCAUCAAAAAUCAAUUGGUUCAUCGAAUUCUGAUCCAGGAACAUGUAUAGGUCGGUGGGGUCGUUGGUUAGAAUCUGAUGAGUAUGAAAAGUCUUAUAAAGUUAUGUAUUACGAAAAUGGUCAACAGUGUUGGAAUGGACCAACAAGAACUACCAAGGUUUUUGUCCAUUGUGGUGACUCAAAUCAUCUGACUUCAGUGAGUGAACCAUCUCGUUGUGAAUAUGUUAUGCAGUUGAUCACACCUGCUGCAUGCAGUGAAGAUCCUGAUGAAUUAUUUAGGAAAUUACAUCCUGAAUUGUAAAUUUAUUUAUGUUUGUGUGUGUGUGUAAUAAAUUUUUUUAUUCCAGAUUU